AAUAGGCUUCCGUACUCGUUCAGUCCUUUGUCAAGAAAAGAGGUCUUAGUAGGUAAGUGCCAACCCCGCCUCCAGCACCCUUCCUACCUCCCUCUCUCACAAAGCGGGGAAGCGGCACCACAUCGGGUGCACCUUCCUCAAACACCGCCGACAACACCCCCAUCUCCAAGCUAGCCACCCUCACCUUACCUCACCUGGGCACCGACCAUUCCUUCAUUCCAAGCCCUCGAAGCUCACCAUACUGCCACCGUACCACCAAAAUGACCAAAGGCGAGCUCAGCAACCACAUAGCCCUCGUCACCGGCGCGACCGGCGGCAUCGGCACCGCCAUCUGCCACAUACUGGCUUCCCAUGGCUGCAGCGUAUCGAUGCAUUACAAUUCCGACCAAGGGGCCGCUUUCAAACUGCUCUGGGAUCUGAAACAGGAUUAUGAGGCGGAGUUUGGGAGCAAGUUUUGCGUGUAUAAGGCGGAUUUGGCGGAUUAUGAUCAGGUCCGCGAUCUCCACACUCACACCAUAGAAACCAUCGGCCCCCCAACCAUCCUGAUCAACAAUGCCGGCACCACGGGCUCCCACCACUUCCCCUCCACCAUCGAAGAGAUCCCCAUCGAAGAGUUCGAACGGACGUGGCGCAUCAACUGCGGCUCCGCGUACCUCCUCACUCAGCUCUGCAUGCCGGCCAUGGAGGGCGAGGGUUGGGGUCGCGUCGUGUUUAUCAGCAGUGUGGCGGGUUUCACGGGGGGGUUGAUGGGUCCGCAUUAUGCAAGUUCAAAGUCGGCUCUGCAUGGGCUAGUGCAUUGGACGGCGAACGCCUAUGCGAAUAAGGGCGUUACGGUGAAUGGAGUGGCGCCCGCUUUGAUUGAACGCACGAAGAUGCUUCCGGAGCAAAGUAUGGAGUUGACGAAGAGAAUUCCGAUGGGCAGACUGGGAACUCCAGAGGAGGUUGCCGAGACGGUGUUCUGGAUGCUGAAGACUGCGUUUGUGACGAACAAGAUUAUUGGUGUGGACGGUGGUUUGUUUCCGCAGUAGGUGCAAUGAUGGCGAUUGCAAAGCUGUCUUCUGUCUGUAAGUUGGAAAGCGCGGCUGUACCGAAACUUCAACUCAGGAUGGGGGAGCACGAAGAGCAUGCUCAUCAAUACUUCAUAUACGCACCACAUACUCAUAGCAUGGAAUGAUUUGACCACUAA